AACGACGCAUUCGGAAGUAAAAGUGACAGCAAUAAAUCGGCUAAUAUUGAAGCGGUGGCCAGCUUUAUUAUUUUGACGAUUUGUGCAUCAGUCUUCACGUGUGGACAGACCUACAGUUGGACACAUGGAGGACAAGCGCAAGAAGAGGAGCCCCAAGGUGUCCCUCCCCCAACCCCCUCCUCCCCCCGUCAACCCUCGCAAGCUCUCCGUCCUCCCUGCCAGCAAGAGCGCCACCUUCUCCCUCAGCCUCCCCCAGCCACCUUCCCCGAAACCCAGGGGCAAGUUCAAGAGGUCAGUAGGAGCGGCUGGGCAGGCCAGAGACGUUCUCAGUGUAGCUGUUGUGCCGCCGAGGAACGCAAGGCCUCACAAGGAGAAGCCUCGUGCUCCCCAGCCCGCUGGCCCUAGUAAGGUGGCUCAGUCGUCUCCUUUGCAACACUCCUUCCUCACCGACGUCUCCGACGUGCGAGAGAUGGAGGGCGGCCUCCUCAACCUGCUCAACGACUUCCACUCCGGCAAGCUGCAGGCCUUUGGCAAGGUGUGCUCCUUUGAGCAGUUGGAGCAUGUGCGUGAGAUGCAGGAGAAAUUGGCACGUUUGCACUUCAGUCUGGACAGCCACGUGGAGGAACUCUCCGAGGACCAGAGGAAGUCUGCCUCUGACCGCAGCCUGGAGCACCUGCUCUGCAAUCUGGAAGAACUCAGCAGUUCCAUACAGAAAUUACACCUGGCUGAAAACCAAGACCUGCCCAAGACAUCAGCUCCCUGACAUAAAGAGCCUGGAUGACCAGUACCUAACCUAUUUAAGGAGAGGGUCCAUGGAGGAAAUGCGUCUUCUGUAGAGACAUGAAGUAAAGUUUACCAUGAUGAUGAUUCAACUGCAUGGGCAGUUAAUAAAGCUAGUAAGACAGUAAAUGGUAUAAAGCUUGAUCAAAAGCUCUUUUAAAGCACAAAUUCAUUCUACACAGGGUGAAAUUUAACUAUUAAUCUCACAGCUUCUGUCUGGAACACCAGUGUUUGUUUUCCAGUACUCACACAUUUGUUUAUGGUAUGUUUUAGUUAAUUAAAAUUUUAAUUGAAAUUCUGAUGUGUAUCCAUCGUUUGCAGCAGUAGAGCAACAGUAGGUGUUUGAAGUCAUCAGUCAAUAGAUGCUAGGACUGGUGGAUGAAGCAGGUUUUUUCCCUGAGUGUGUGUGUGCGUGUGUGUUUCUGUGUGAGUGUAACAUGCUGUUUUCUGUAGAAAAGUUAAGCCCGUUGUCAUCCUGUUCUCUCAUAUGUCACCAGAAGUAUGCAAGUUGGGAACAACAUUUCAUAGCUGGACCUUUUUCUUCAAUAAUCUUGCUAAUCAUAACGUCAGACCUUAGCACUGUUCAAUCUUGCCACCACAUUUUAAAGCCACACCAUAAGCUAACUCAAGACCAUCUCAGGACUGCUUUGGGUAGUUGUUUGGGCAGCUUUUUCUCAACAUACUUCAUAGCGGAUCCAAAGUGCCAGGUUUGGGGAUGAAUCAUGAUCAUUAUUUCUGUGCUCUAGAACUUCACUGCCCCUAAACCCUUUAAAAUGCAGUUUAUGUUUAGGAGGGAGUUCCUGUUAAUUUUUUUUAAAUAUAUAUCACAGUUCAUGUGACCUCUGUGAUGCAUCUCAGUUCAGAGGGAGAUCCUGUUGGUGUACGCACCCCUACGUUCUGUGGUCUCUGAUAUGUAUUUUGGUUCAGAUGAAUAUCCUGUUAGUAUCUGGGUCCUGGUUUGUGGGACUUGUAGGGUGUGCAGUGGGGUGGAUGAAGCUGAAGGUGAGGAAUGGCCGGCAGCUCUCUUAGAGUAUAUUCUUCCAGUUACUGCAGAAAGCAGGUGCAGAUGAAGUGAUGGCUUCUCUCUUCCAGGCACUAUUUAAGCUUGAGAGCUGUGGUGAGCUGUUAUGGUGGCAGUGAUACUGUUUUUAAUGUGCACUGAAUAUGUGAAAUUCAGUUAAAAUGAAAAAGUACUUAGUGCAUUUUAAGGGUGUGAAGAUUGAUAACCACUGGUGCUCUUUGGAAACAGGGGUAGAAGAUUUCAUAAAGAGAAUAAGAGUUCCAAGGGGCUCAUGUGGAUUAAGAGGUGUUUAUUUGCUUUGCGCUAGAACAUUUGAAUAAUCACUGGUGACCAAUGUUGACCACAGCUGUCUGUUUAUGUUGUCUUUUUAUUAAAUUUAUGGUUAAUUCCUUAAAUUAGGUGUGUCUUAGAAAUACGUCUUUCCAAAAAUAAACAUAAAUUGAUUGAACGUGUAUUGGUGAUUUGUGAGGAAAAAACAACCCACAGGACUAGAAAAAAAUUGACAUUGGCUGGCUCAUUAGAUGUGGUUGCUUACUCCCUGUCUGUAGUGCAUUAAAUAUUGAUCUGCCUUGGCUAUUUAUGGGCAGGCAUCAGAAAGGGCAACAGACGGCCCUGCCCCUGUGAGGAGAGCUUUUUUGCCAGCACAGAGCUUAUGCAUAUGCACAACCAAGCUAACAUGCUGUGAUAAAUAUCAUACAGUGUUGCUGUACUGAAGGCUUAUAGUGCUUAUGUUUUUUCCCCAGCAAGGGUAGAUACGGAGCAGACAAAUAACAAUGGAGGCCAUGACAUUUGUUUAUUUAAAAACAACAGGAACACAAAAGUAAAGGGCAUAUUUUAUAUAAUUUCACCUCUUGUCCAUCUUUGUAUUUACACAGACUUUGUAUUAGCAGUAAACUAAAAUAGAGAAAUCCUAUUGUUACAUUUAAUUAAGUAACGCAGCUAGAAAGCUUGAUAGGAAUAUAGCCAGAGAUGGUGGAAGUUAUAAUUAUCACCUGAGGCAGCUACCUUUCAUCAAUGAAAUACAUGUGACCCACUCAUUUAGCUGGCCCAGAUAUUCCCUGCCCUUUGGCAGUAUUGUUUGGCUGGAGUGCUUGCCAGGUAGAUGCACCAAUAGUAUGUUACAUUAUCAAAAAGGAGAAGUCACCAAGCAGUGUGGUCUUUUAUAUGCGAAAUUAUCAUGUUUAAAACGAGGCUAAACCAGUGAACGCCCUUAAAAGUCGACUUUUCCUUCAUUGGUACAUUAGAGAUGCAGCAUGACACAACACCUACCUCCAGUUUCCUUCUGCAUGCCUAAACCUGAGAAAAAGUGACCUCUGCCUAUUAUGACUUCCUCUGCAUCUCUGUAAAAGAAAUUAUAACCUUUGUACGAAUAUUUCAGAUUAUGCUAUUAGGUACUACAAACUGUAUUGCAUUUAACUGUUUUGUAUUUAUUCUCAUACAAUAAAAGAA